AUGGCAGCGCUAGUGGACUCGCUGUGCGCCCCAAGCGUCGUCGUCGACAAUGCGGCACCGCUCGUCUACGACACCUUCAACGCCGCCUCGGCCGCGGGGUUCUUCUUCGACAAUGCCGCGGGUUUCUACGACGGCGCCGCCGGCACUGUCGGCCCUCCGGCUCCCGCGCCGCAGGAGGCGCCGGCCGGGGAGGCGUCGUCGGCUGCGCCGCCCAGGAGGAAGCGGCGGCGGCGGGCGAGGAGCUGCAAGUCGAGGGAGGAGGCCGAGUGCCAGCGGAUGACGCACAUCGCCGUGGAGCGCAACCGCCGGCGCCAGAUGAACGAGUACCUCGUCCAGCUCCGCUCCCUCAUGCCCGAGUCCUACGUCCAGAGGGGCGACCAAGCCUCGAUCGUCGGAGGGGCGAUCGAUUUCGUCAAGGAGCUGGAGCAGCAGCUGCAGUCCCUUGAAGCGCAGAAGCGCAGCCUCUCGGAUCACCAGCAGCAGCGCAAGGCGACGAUGCCGACGGCCACGGCCGCGGCCGCCGUACCAUGUGGCGCCGUGGAGUCCACGAGCAACUGCAGCAGCGGCGUCACGGAGUCCGACACGCCCGACUCCGCCGCCCCGUUCGCGGGGUUCUUCACGUACCCGCAGUACGUGUGGUGCCACUCCCCGCGAGACUCGGCGGCCACGCUCUCGGCGGAGGAGAGCCGCGCCGGCGUGGCCGACAUCGAGGUGAGCCUCGUCGAGACGCACGCCAGCGUCCGCGUCAUGGCGCCGCGGCGGCCGGGCCAGCUGUUCCGGAUGGUCGCCGAGCUGCAGGCGCUCCGGCUCACCGUGCUGCACCUCAACGUCACCGCGCUCGGCUCCCUCGUCCUCUACUCCCUCAGCGUCAAGGUGGAGGAGGGGUGCGGCCUGACGACGGCGGACGACAUCGCCGCGGCGGUGCACCAUGUCCUCUGCUUCAUACACGCGGAGGCGGAGGCGGAGGCGGCGCAGCAGAUGCUCGCGGCCGCGCAAUAG